AUGGCCAGCCGUUUUUUCUUAGUCUUCCUUCUCGUAAUUCUAACAAUCGUUAAUGGAACAUUAGCAGCUGAAAUUGCUGAAAAACUUCAACCUGUUGUUGACACCAAAAAAGCAGCAGACAACGCUACGAAGAGCUUGAUAGAUAGCCUUGGUCCGUCUCAAGAUAACCCCGAUUACGAAAUCCCUUUAGAACUUGCACCCGGCGGUGUCCAGGUGGUGGAUGAUUACCUUCCCAAUAUUAGCCCCACCGGAGGAAAAGAUGACUCUCUUGCACAACCAGAAUCGAAUAUGGAUGUCAAUAACUCGCCAUCUAGCCCCGCCUCUAUAUCUUUUACAACCGUUGCCGUUGCUGCGGUGGGAGGAGCCAGCUUAUUUUUCUUUUGA